AUGGCAGGGGUGUUCCCGCAUAAAGAUCUAGAAAGGCCAUUAUGUGAAGUAGUGGAGAAGCUUGGAUUGUUUUUAGAGAUGCCAGAUGUUGAAGAUGAUAGAGUUGUGAGAUAUUUGCCAAGGAAAGCUGCAGACCAGGUUUGGGACCAGCUGGAGAGACAGCAAUGUGUUACAGUCAACAAAGCUGAAAAGAGGAGAUCUGAAGAACAUUUUGACAUCAGAGAUGAGUUUUCCCUGCUGGUUUUAGGUCUUGCUUUGGUCCAGUAUUUCCUCACUGUGAUCCCUUUCUUACUUUCGGAAUGGCCACAUGAGAGCUUCAGCUCUCCGGAAGCUGGAGUCAUAGGCAGGUGUGUGGUGUUCAACACCAGAGCUGGGAACCGGAUUUGGGCGCCGUGCGAGGUCCCAUUUAAAGCUAACUCUGGCUUUAAGAAAAAGCGGAGUGAGCUCAGUUUCUGCAGCGCUUUCUUCUGCAAGAUGAACACCAUUCUACCUUGCCAAGAUCAGUAUUCUGUAGGAGGCCAGAGCUAUGAUUGCCCGUAUUCCACUACGACGUCAGAAUCCAGUGUUGACGUUUCCAAGGAGACGUGGGUCUCUUUCUGGGCUGCUGGUCUCCUGGACAACACAGAGCCCCAGCCAGCAGCACAAGCACUGGACUCAUCCUGUGACUUACAUUUUCCUGUCCUGGACUCAUGCUCAUGGGAAGAGGCUCAGCUCUCAUCUCAGCUAUACAGAAAUAAGCAGCUCCAGGACACUCUAGUGCAGAAGGAGGAAGAACUCGCUAGGCUACACGAAGAGAAUAAUCACCUCAGACAAUACCUGAAUUCUACUUUGGUUAAAUGUCUGGAAGAAAAGGCCAAGAAGUUGCUAUCAUCAGAUGAGUUUUCCAAAGUGUGUGGAAGACUCAGAAAGGAGAAGAGGAAACCUGAAGAACACAGACACCCUUCUGCUGAGAUCCCCCAGUUCAAGACUGCCAAGAGAAACCUCUCCACAGAGUUUUCUAACUGUGAUGAACAGCCUGGGCCCUGUGUGGACCCCUGGGUUCUUCAAACCCUUGGCUUGAAAGACCUCAACACCAUUGACGACACCCUACCAGCUAACUACAGUGCCAUCGCCUCUCAUCCCAGAAUAGUCCCCAGUACAUCUCCCCAGUUUCUACAUAAUGCUGUUGCCUAUGCAAAUGUCCCCAGAGACCUACAUCUUGAUUACGGAGGUGAGAGAACACAUGCCCCACACACCACUGCCAUUCACCAGCAAGACUGUCACUGUGUCCCUAGGCUUUCUAAUCCUCCAACAAAGGUGCCAACUGUUCCCUACCACACUGCAGAUGUGUCACCCAACAAGACAGAAGUGGCCUUUUCCACAUCUCUGAGUCCUCACUGCAAUGUGAAAACUCACUCUUUCCACCAUGGACAAGCCUUUGUGCGUCGAGAUGAAGAGGGAGGAUGGAAGUUUACCUGGGUCCCCAAACAGCCUUAGUGACCCCUCUUCUAUCAUAGAGUACUGCCAGGACCUCUUUUUAUACAGACGUCUUGUAUAUG